AUGUCGUCCUUUUUCUGGAUGCCCAUAUGCCCACUUUUCCUCAGCUUCUGUACCAUUGUGGUGUCUGGCCAAUGUUUUGGCAAUCAGCAGUCUUUGUUGCUCCAGUUGAAGAACAACCUCAUAUUCGACAGUGCUUUGUCCGCGAAACUGGUGCAUUGGAACCAAAGCGCCGAUUGUUGUUCUUGGGAAGGCGUAACCUGCGAGGAGGGACGUGUUAUUGGUCUCGACCUGACCAAUGAAUCCAUCUCAGGUGGACUCGAGUAUUCAAGCAGUCUCUUCAGUCUACAGCAUCUCCAAAACUUGAGCUUGGGUUACAACAACUUCAACAAGUCUCAAAUUCCAUCGGAGCUUGACAAGCUCAUGAAUUUGAGGUUUUUGAACCUAUCAAAUGCUGGCUUUGCAGGACAAAUUCCAAUUGCAAUUUCCCACUUAAGGAGUUUGGUUUCUCUUGAUUUAUCUACCAGUUACUUUGUCAAAACUCCACUGAAACUUGAGAAUCCAAAUUUAAAUACGCUCGUUCAGAACCUUUCUGAGCUUAUAGAGCUUCUUCUUGAUGGGGUAAACAUAUCAGCACAGGGGAAUGAGUGGUGUCGGGCCUUAUCAUCUUCACUGCUAAAUUUGAGAGUGUUGAGUUUGUCAAAUAGUUACCUUUCAGGCCCUAUUGAUUCCACCUUACUGAAGCUUCAGUCCCUCUCAAUUAUUCGUUUGGAUAAUAACAAUUUGUUUACUCCAAUUCCAGAGUUCUUCGCAAAUUUCACAAAAUUGAUGUCAUUGCGUCUCAGUUUUUGUGGGUUGAUUGGCACAUUUCCAAGAAAGAUCUUCCAGGAUCAUCUCUUAGCUAUAUCUUGGGGAAAAAAUUUCCAUAGAAGACAAGCACACAGAAACAAGGAUGGAGGCAUUGGUUGUAUUCUUGAAAUACUUUUUGUUCUUUUGAAGUUUCAAACAAUGUUGUUGGACCAUGUCUAUCUAGUCUCCAUACCCUUGGUUUUAGACCAAGAUUUUCUCGUCAAUGCUUUUGGAAGUGUUGAUGACUAG